AUGUACGGAGACAAAAGGGUUCUGGAGAGGACCCGAUGGCAGACCAGUAAUACCACCUCAGAUAAGGGAAAGAGCAAUGGUGGAGGCACAUGGAUUGUGAACAGUGUGUACAGUACAAUCCAGACCAACAGUGAAGCCACCCCCGGGCGUUUCCCCCUGGAGACUCGAUCAGGUAAAGAAAUAAUAAUCGAUUACACUGACAUGAUCAAUCCAGUAAGGGGGUAUAGGUAUCUCCUCAUGUGCGUGGAUGCCUAUACGGGGUGGCCAGAAGCGUGGCCAACAAAAAGAGAAGACAGUAAAACGGUAAUUAAGUUCUUAAUAAACCACUAUAUACCGCAACAUGGGUUUCCGGAGAGAAUCCGGUCGGACAACGGAACCCACUUUAAAAACCAAGACCUCCAACAGGUGGAACAGAUGCUGGGUCUGCAGCACAAGUUCGGUACAGUGUACCACCCACAAUCCCAGGGAAAAGUGGAACGAAUGAAUCAAUCAGUCAAAAACAAAUUGGCAAAAAUCUGUGCACAGACCAAAAUGAAUUGGCUCGAUGCGUUACCACUAGCACUCAUGGCCAUUAGAAGCUCCAUUAACCAAAGCACGGGUUUUACGCCAUUCGAACUGCAGACAGGGAGAGCAUUUCCAGGACCUCAGUCUCAGUUACCAGCAGGGGCAGUAGAAAUGUCUGAGCUAACACAUAAGCUGUAUUUCCAUGAACUGCAAAGUCUCGUUACAGCGUAUGCGAAACAGGUUGGCGACCGGCAGGCGGAAAAACACGACAGCCCUGGACCUGACGUGGACUGGGUGUUCCUAAGAGUCAUCAAGAGGUGGACGGAACCUCGGUGGACUGGACCGUAUCAGGUGACAGAGAGGACAUCACACGCAGUCCGGCUGAAAGGCAAAGGCGAUACCUGGUACCACUGGAGUCAGUGUGCGGCUGCACAGGCUCCCACCCGAUCGCUGAGGGACACACACAGGGACCUGUGUGCAACGACAAAGACACCGGCGAGUGCUGAAGCAAAGCCCACCUCAACAAAAGGGGCAGAAUAAUCCCCAGGUGGCAAAAGGGGGUGAAGGAGUCGAACCUGAACCCUGACGGAGGAACGGUGAAAUUAGCGCGUUCCUCCCAACAAGUAGCGUGCCAAGCUACCAACGCAAGCGUCAGAUCAAGAUCCGGACGACAUCAAUGAACAACAUCCAGUUGAUAACGUAUAUUGUGUUUUUAAUUAUCGUGUUUUCAUCUUUUUAGGUGGAGUCAUUAGACUCAUCUGCAAUAAUCUAGUUGAUAUACAAUAAUUGUACGCCAUUUGCGGAAUUGUAUGACGAGCCACACACAGGUUUAAAGCACCACUAGAGGUCACAGGCUAUCCAUAGCCCCUCAUUAGUGACACGUGAGAGCCAGAGGCACACGUCAGAAGGUUUAGCUUGGUUUUCUUAUAAGAAUCUACUCGAAAUGUUGCUAUACGGGAAUUGGAAGGUGCUCAUUUUAGCAGGGGUUGUCGCCGUAGCUGUUGUAAUAAUUGUGUUCAGCAUCUAUGAAUGGGGGCCGUAUAAGAAACAUAAUAGAGGAAGGCAAUCAGUGAGUGGUAAGUCUCCUGACGUCUGCUUAACAGGGUACGGUGGCAUGGAAUUUAAUUAUACUGAAGGGACUACGACCACAUUCCAAUUCGAUCUGUGUGAUGUGAUUCAGUGUGGAACACGGACAGCGCACUGGCGGGGGUAUGAUGUGUAUCUAUGUUAUCAGUCAUCAUUAAAUAGAGCAUGCAGAAAGGGAAAAGGGUAUGCCAUGCAGUGGUGUACGGGCUGGAAUAAGGUUACGAGCUACACUGGAUGGUGGACGCCUGCGUAUAAUAGUGGCGCGGGACAACCCCCAUUAGGACCGAUAGCAUUAUCCAGAGCCCAAUGGGUGCCGGGAAAAUAUGACUCUAAUGCAAACAAUAAUCCCUUACUUUUGACAUUCCAAGGUCCGACCCAAGGCUGGACUGGAUCUCUGUACUUUAUUUUGGGGGUGGACGUUUCAGGUAAAGAUCCAAAAGCCAUUAUAAAGGUAAAUAUUGUCCAACCUAAAUCAAGCGGCUCCACGUCUGUGGCAGCUCCCUCCCAAACCAAGGCCACGUACACGCAGACAUCUCAUCGCUCACUCAUGUCCACAGAUGAUCGAAUAAAGGUAAUAGACUACACACAACUAGAUUCUAAUGAC